AUGGACAACCUUGGCGAUUCUAGUCGGAAGAGAGCAAUUGAGGAGCUUCUUAGAGGUCGAGAUUGUGCUGAACAACUUAGCAGUGUCAUCACUGGGAGUUGUGAAAAAGGGUCAUCAGCAACCCCAUUUGCUAAGAAACUCGUGAAGGAGGUGCUCAUGUCCUUCACCAACUCCCUCUUGCUCUUGAACAACAAUUCUACUUCUGGAUCCCAUGGUGUCUCCAAUGUUCAAGUUUGGGACUCUCCAAAAUCUGAGGACUCUCUAGAGAGCAAUUGCAAGAGUUCCACUGUUAAAGAACGAAGAGGGUGUCACAAGAGAAGAAGAACUGAACGAACAAGGGAGAAGGAGUCUGAAGCUCCAAUUGAUGAUGGCCACCAAUGGAGAAAGUAUGGGCAAAAGGAUAUCCUGAAUGCCCAAUUCCCAAGGCACUACUAUAGGUGCACUCACAGAUUUGACCAGGGUUGCCAAGCAACAAAGCAGGUGCAAAGAGUUCAAGAGGAUCCAAUCCUGUACAAGACCAUCUACUAUGGUGAACACACUUGCAAGAGCUUGGCAAAUCCUCAGAUCAUACUUGACCCUAUGUCUCCUUCAUCUACUUCAAAGUUCCUGAGCUUUAACAACUCCUUCCCUACCCCAUCCAAACAAGAGUGCCCCUUUCUCUCGUCUUCUUUCCCUUCAUCAGUGGAAAGGAAGUGCAAGGAGGAGGUUCCUCCCUCAACUUCCUCAAAUGAUUACCUCAUCUCUUCUGACCUCACCUUUGAUAGCUCACCAAGGCAGGUCACUCUAUCAUCAUCAACACCAGACUCAGAGUACAAUAGUGUGGACCUUUCAGAUGUCUUCUAUGGGAUGGAUGAUCUCUCUGAACCCCUUUUCCAACUUAGAUAA